UAAAAACUCCUCUUCCAAAUUCCCAGCCAGUCACAAGAGACAGAAAGACAAGUAAAGCUCAGUCUGCAAAUAUGCGUUGUCUAGUCCUUGCCCUCCUCCUGUGCUCUCUGGCAGCAUUCGCCAAUGCGGCCUGCUAUCAGACAAUGAAGAAACCAUCAAUUGUAAAGGGCAACAAUGGACAGCUACUCAUCAAAGAUCCAGCCCAGGACCCGUGCCAAGAUGACACAGAUAAGGACUGGCAUGAGGUGGGCUCCUCGUGGACCAACAGCCAGUGCAUGGAGUGCUCCUGUGGAACCGGUGGGAUGGGCUGCUGUGACCGUAUGGGAAGGCCCUUUGGAUUCCCUGAGGAUUGUGAGGUGCUAUACGACUGGAAACAGUGCAAUUAUGAAGUGGUGAAGAAGAACGAUCACAGCGUGUACUGUCCCCACGGAGCUGUUGGCAAAUGAGCUUAUUAUUAUGUGAAGAGUGAAGAGUGAAGUGCACGCCGGACAUGGAGCAACACCUUUUGCUAUUCUCUGAAAUGUAAAAUAAAUAAAUAAAUACAUAAAUAAAUAAACAAAUAAUAGAUGAAUAAAUGUUUUUUGUGAGUGAACAAGAAUUUUAAGCGGUUAUAUACGUUGUUAACAGGUCAUUAAACAUUGUGUCGAAGUGAAA